AAAGAAUACAUAAACAAAAAGAAAUGGCUUUUAAACGGAAAAUAAAAACAUUAGAGCAACAAGUAAAAGGAACAAUUCUCAUGAAAGAAUUAUUGAUGCAUUCACUACAAACACAAUUUAAACAAUAAGUGGAACAGUAAUAAGUGAUUGAACUUAUUGAGUGUGGAUCUUCCAAAAAUAUUAUCUUUGAUUAACCAACAUCAUUGUGGCCUAAUAAUGUUUUUGUAUAAAUAUAUAUUUUUUGCAAAUUAUUAGUAAAUUAUAUUUAUAGAUAUUUUAAGUUGAUUAGCAUAAGUUACAUCGAUUAUUAAUUUAAUCAAUUAUUUAAUUAUGUAUAUCUCUAUUAUUUUAGCAAAACGUAUUUAAUUUAUCAUUAUUCACUUUUGUAAAUAUAAAUAUGUAUAUAUAAAAAAUAUGAGUAUAUGGAAAUAUAAAUAUGUAUAUUUAGUUAUAUUUUCAUAUUAAGUAUACAGAAUAAAAAUAUAAAACAUUCUUUUACUGACAUUUGUAAUCUAAUUCGUAUAAUUAUCAUUUUUUAUCCACUUAUAUUUAAUUAAUCGUAAUUGUAAAUAAUGCAUUCAAAAAAUAUUAUUUAAUAAAUAUAUCAACAGACUUUAAUUAAUAAAUGUAUCAUUUUGUAAUUACAAAUAAGUAAUUGCUAUUAUAAAUACUAAUAGUAUUAUCUUAGAAUAAGAUCGCAUAUUUGUUUUAAUAGGUUAACAUUUUUUAUUUUUUUUUACAUUUAAUGUAAAUAAAACAUUAUAGAAAAUAUAUCUUACAAAAUUUUUCCGUUAUUUCAAAUAUUUCGAUUAAACAAGUAAACAUUUUUUUCUAAUUUUUAGGUUCUUCUAAAUGUAAUCUCAUCGGUGACGUAAUCAGUAUUUGACGUCUUACAUUUCCACUCCAUCUAAGUGGUUGAAGAUCCCGCCCAUUACUAAAAGACCGAAAGUCGCCAUUUUCUGCUGGCGACUUCCGGUGAUUCGCUUCACUCUCUUUAUAGUCUCUCUAAGAAGAGGCAGAUCCUGCGAGAACUGUUUGGCAUUGGUUAAUUUGGAGAUUUAUAAAGCGUUCUCAGAAAGGAAAAUGAUAGGAGGAUAAAAAAUUAUUAUACCCUAAGUAUGGAUUUCUAUGAAUCAGGCUGUUGGAUAGCGAAUAGAUGCAUCCAAAGGGGGUUACCUCAGGGUUCUGCACUAAGCCCAGUACUAUUCAAUAUUUAUGUCAAGGACAUUCUCUGGCAAAUUCCUCAUAAUUGUAAAACAAUUCAGUUUGCAGACGAUAUAGCAAUACUAUGUACAGAUGGUGAUAUAAAUAGAAUUAAAAAUUCUUUGACAACAGCUUUCUUAAAUGUAGAAAAAUGGCUUAAUUCCCUAGGAUUGGAUGUAUCAAUCUCUAAAACCCAAGCGAUUAUAUUCAACAGGAAAAGGGUAACUCUAAAUGAAGGGGAAUUAAUUUUAGAUACAAGAUCACUUAAACUACAAAAAGUAGCUAUAAGUACCUAGAAAUGACACUGGAUGAGGGUCUGCGAUGGAGGAAUCAUAUUCAAUCACUUAGAGUUAAAACGUUGAAGUACAAUAACAUUUUGAAAUGGUUAGCUGGUUCUUCUUGGGGGAUUAAUCUGCGUCAGAGUUUAAGUUUCGCAAAUGCUACCAUUGGAGCACAGUUGGAGGAGCAUUGGAGAGAUUGGGGAAGCAUGUGGUUCAUUAGUGCUGCCUGUUCCAAUGUAAGGGUUCUAGAUAAAAUAUUAUGUAAUGCCUUUAAGAUAGCCAUCGGUCUUCCCAGGUCGACCCCGAAUAGAGUAGCAUGGAGAUUCAGUAAUCAGAAAUGUCUCAUGAAUAGAAUUAGUCUUAAAACAGAUAAGUAUAUGUGUAAACUAAUUCAAUUGAAAAGUAACGCCAUAAUCAAUAAAAUUAAGAAUUUCCAUACAGUAACACAAACUAAACAAAUAGCUAAAAGAAAUAUACCAUUUAUAGUCAAAAGGUGGCCAGUGAUCAAGUCAUUUGAAAAAUUCUUAGCUAAAUGGGAUUUUCAUCCUAUACAUAUCUGUCCUUUCCAGCCUGAGUUAGAAGAAGUGGAAGUUGAUGUCAGAACAGGUUACUUGUCUUUACAAUGUAAUAAUCCAAAUAAUGCCUUUGUCAAUCUGAUCAAUCUUAACUGUAUAUUUGAAGAUGAGAUAACAAUAUAUACAGAUGGAUCACGUACGGAGUUAAAUGAUGGGAACUUCUUAGUUGGUAGCGGUCUAUUCAUAAAUAAUUAUAAUUUAUUUUUUAAAUAUAAGCUUAACUCAUAUACAAGUAGUUUUUCUGCAGAAUCAAUAGCCACUAAAAAAGCAAUAGAUUUAGCAACUGUAAACGAGUGGAGACACAUUAAUAUUUGUUCGGAUUCCCAGAGUAAUUUAGAUAUCAUUGGGUCGUCUUCUGAAAUUUAUAGAAACACAAUUAAAAAACUCAAUCCCACAAUUGAAGCAAUUAGAGCGAGAAUCAUGCGCUUUAAGGAGGGGGGCUCAAUAAGAUUUACAUGGUGUCCUGCACAUAAAAAUAUUAUUGGAAAUGAGAAUGCAGAUAAUGCGGCUAAAGAGGCCGCUUUAAUAGGUGAAAUAGUAGAUAAUCAAAUUACAUACUCUGAAGUUGUCUCAUCAUUAAAAAAUAGUUACGCACAAAUUAAUUCGAAUUAUACGAACAGUAUUAAUAUCGGAACGGGGAAUUAUUAUAUGAAUGGCUUUGUGAAUAUUAAUGUCAAUACAAUAUCCAAAUUUGGUUUAUCUAGAAAACAACAGUGUAUAUUAAUAAGAAUGAUUACGGGUUACCCAUAUACUAAUUCAGUCAAAAAGAAAUUUGGUUUAAGAGAAUCAAUGGAAUACGAAUGUGGAUUUGAGGUCCAAGACUCUAAUCAUUUAUUUUGGGCAUGUCCUAAUUAUAACGAUUCAAGAAGAAUUCUAUACGGAAAACUUUUAAAAUAUAAGUGCCAGACUCCGUUUUCAAUUGAAUAUGUAAUGUCUGUUAUUAAUAAAAAUAUAGCUAAAGCCAUGGUCAACUUUGUGGAUGCAAGUAAUAUUAAGAUUUGAUAGAGUUAGUUAAUAUUAAUGUUGAGCUGUUGCCAAGGGACUUACCUUGCAGAUGUAACUGAGGAGAGAGGACUCCCAAGCAAAAGGAAAAUCCUUAGAAGAAAAAGUAAAAUAUUCAAGACGUGACUUACCCCAACGGUCAUCGUCUUACAAAAUUGGUAAUUCUGGUACUGUGUCCCCUGUCCCGCUGGGACAGAAAUCCAAAGGGUAAAGAAGAAGAAGAGAAGAAGAACAAUGGGUGAGGUAUAUCCGGUUUGAUCUUUAUGAGCGUCAACUCUGUCUUUAUCGACAUACGCUCUUAGCUUAUAUUUAUAUUUAGGAUCUAUUUCUAUAUUCUCGAUAGAGACUAUUGUUGGUUUAGUAAUUGCUUCACGUAUCAAUUCCUUCUUGCUUUUAGGAUUGUGUUUUUGAGCACUCAAUUUGGAAGGGGUAUUUACCGCUUCAUUGGAGUCUGCCUUUAUAUUACUCAUUUUGAUUGUUUAUAUUGUCACGUCCCGGAGGACGGACCUUCCUACUUCCGGCGUACCUAAGUCGCUGAAAAUAGUGGCGCUCUCUAUGCUUUUGAGGCUACCUGCUGGGCCGGCAAUACCUCGGGAUGUCGAGAGCUAGGAUCGGUAUAGGAGGAUUAGUGCGUAGGCGAAUAGAAUGACUUUUAUGGCAAUUACUCUUGUUUUAUACUGCUACUUUCUUUAUUGUUUACUACCAAAGGGGGAACAAAUUAUAAUAAAAGGGGAAUGAAGAAAAGCGGGGGGGGGGGGGGGUAGGGGUACAUGUGCGAUGCUCAUAUGAUUAUUCCGUGAUAGGGUCGGGGUUUACAAGGGAGCCUAUUAGGUCGUCGAAGUCAUUUGGCGUUAGGGGUGAAAGGGCUUCAAGGGGGGAGUAAUCGAUGAAGGGAAGGUCGUCUGUUGAGGUGCUGGCGUCUGAGGUUUGGGGGGCUGAGGGUUGGUGGCCUGGCGUUCAUUCACCUCCACGGGGGUUAACCCAAAGCAGGCUCUCGUACUUGAGUUUAACGCUAUUUGAAUCUGAGCGGCUUGGUGAGUUAGAUUAAAUAAGUGGGGAACAUCUAAAUCGAUGGAACGGAUUAGGCGUAGAAUGCGCGAGCGCGCCCCCACAUAUUGCUCGUAGCGGCGGAAAAAGCGCCUUCUCCGCGUGUAGUCUGCUGGUGGCGUCAUCUACAUAAAUGAAGAAAUGAGGAACUUCGUGAAUGGACUUGGAUUUGAAUAAGGAUAGUCGAAACCUUACCCUGUCUUGACUAAAGUUAGGAUGAUAGAUGAGCUUGCUGUC